UGUACGCACCACGAUUACGCACCAACGGCCCGCAUCUGCACCGAAAGACUGCGCCUUCCUCGUACUCCAACAAAAGAAACCCCUUCACCACCCGCGCCUUCCCCUCCGCUCUCUGCGACUUCCCUCUGCGACUGCGAUUGCGCCUUGCUCGUACUCAUCUCCGUGGUGCCCUGGACCCUGUCCAAACAGACUUCCCAAAGCGUUCUUGCCUCCGGUCAUUCAGCGCUCCUCCACGUGCAGCCCAGCCUCGUGCACCUCACCCAAGACGUUCCAGUCGCAAACACUAUUAUUCAUGCUUCCACGGUAAAAAAGCACUUUACAGUCAACUAUACCAUCAGGUCGAAUCGCCGGUGCACUAGCACUUGGCAGCAUCCACUGCGACCCACCUCAAGCCAUGGACUCGACCGCACACCUCCUCUAUGCCGCCCACCAGCUGGAUGCCCGCGCUGGGGGCAUGGGCGGCGAUACAGGAACCCGCCCAGGCUCAUACAAGAUUAUUGGUCUAGUCCUAGCCAUCGCAUCGGGAGUCUUCAUCGGGACAUCAUUCGUUAUAAAGAAACACGGUCUAUUACAGGCGAACAAGAAGUACAAUGAAGAGGCGGGAGAAGGCUAUGGAUACCUCAAGAACGCUUGGUGGUGGCUCGGUAUGACACUCAUGAUUGUUGGAGAAAUAUGUAAUCUCGUCGCAUACGCCUUCACCGACGCCAUCCUCGUAACCCCCAUGGGCGCCCUCUCCGUCGUCAUAUGCGCUAUACUGUCCACUAUAUUCUUGAAGGAACGCUUGAGCUUUGUAGGAAAAGUAGGCUGUUUCAACUGCAUCAUCGGGUCCGUUGUAAUUGCAGUAAACGCACCCGAGCAGUCGUCUGUUGCGCGCAUUCAAGACAUGAAGAAAUGGGUCAUUGCUCCAGGUUUUCUCAGCUAUGCAGGUGUCAUCAUCAUCGCAUGUGUUGUUAUUGCUCUCUGGCUCGGCCCCAAGUACGGAAAGAAGACUAUGAUGGUCUACAUCACUAUCUGCAGUCUGAUCGGAGGACUGAGUGUUGUCGCAACCCAAGGUCUCGGUGCUGCCGUCGUAGCGCAGGCUUCUGGCACAUACGGCGGACAGUUUAAGGAAUGGUUCCUCUACGUGCUACUAGUCUUUGUUGUGGUCACGUUACUGACGGAGAUCAUCUACCUGAACAAAGCCUUGAACUUGUUCAACGCUGCUUUAGUGACACCAACAUACUACGUCUUCUUCACGUCUGCGACAAUCGUCACUUCGGCUGUCUUGUUCCAAGGAUUCAAAGGCACCCCACUCCAGAUCGUCACUGUCAUCAUGGGCUUCCUACAAAUCUGUUCCGGCGUCGUUCUGCUACAACUCUCCAAGUCGGCAAAGGACGUGCCGGACUCAGCUGUCUUCAAGGGCGAUCUUGACCAAGUGCGAACCGUCGCAGAGAUGGAGGAGCCCGAGUACGAGCCCCGAGCUGACACUCUUCGUGGUGGCGCAGCAAUCCUCAGGUCACUGUCAAAGGCUAGGUCGCACAAGGAGCUCGCUGAGGCUAAGAAGAUUCAAGAAGAGCACAUGGAGCCGAUUGGCGAAGGCGAACAGGUCGAAUUUGACGGUCUCCGAAGACGGAAAACGGUCCUCGACCCCAGUCGUCCACCAACACGCAGCGCUACCGUCGUACGGACCAUCCACCCGCCUCUCGGCAUGUCCCAGUUUCCGACCGAUGAAUCAGACGACGAUAACGAUAGUUUCCACCCUGGUUUCUUCCAAAGAUUACGCUCCCGGGGCAAGUCUACCAGUAGUCGUGGUAGCUCACAUGCUCCAGGGACUUCGGGCAUGGGCAUGCAGACGUUGCCCUCCAUCCCACAGGCCGAUGGUGCUUCGGAUCGCGAAUCAGACGCCGGAUCCUACAAGCAGACCAUGAUGACGCAAGAUACAUCCUACAAGCCGCUAGACAGCCACAUACAUUUCGCCUCGCUUCCUGAUCCGCCCCGCCAUGGCCAUGAUCGUCAAGACUCCAGCGAUUCACUCGCUCCCCCAAGACCACCUCCCCAUAUGGCCAAACGACAAUUCUCUUUCCAGAACGUCUUCUCCCGGAAUCGUCCUGAUUCAACAGGCGAAUCGUCCAGUAGCAGACGACCGGCUAGUAGGCAUAGUCGGAAGAGUAGCAAAGAAGGCAAAGCAGCGGCUACCGCCACUGAAGAAGAAAGACUGGGGCUUGUCAAGGGCGACUCAACAAAUCUCCUUCCCAUCGCCAGCCGUGGAAGUGAUGAGUUGGUUGGACCACCAGGUUAUUCAGAUGACUGGGAUAUGCCCAGAAGUUCAAGUCCAGGAUACUCACCUGAGCGGCCGCACGUCAUGCCACCACCGAUACGCAGGGUUGAUACGGACAUGUCAGAGCUAAGCCCGAGAGAUCCCAAAGAAUUCGAGAAAGGUUCUGGAAACGGGAACACUUUCUUAUAGGGCGUAGGAUGAGAACUUUCCCAUCUUCUCUUCUGUUCUCAAUUAGUAGGUGCUGUGGCAUAACCAGUGUCUUGUUUAGCUUCUUGAA